AUGCGCCAUCACGCAGCGGCCGUGUCCUGGAACCAUUUGGUCCCCGCGGCGACGGCGACGGCGACGGCGUCUGUGCCGCGUCAUCAUAAAACGAGGGAGCAGGAGGAAAACGGCGGUGCGUCUGCCACCCAAGUCGUGGUGAGCGGUUGGGAGGAGGAGGCCCUCCGCCGAUACAGAAAACUACAGAUGGGCCUGACAAACAUCUCCUCACAGUGUGAAUAUGCAUCGUCCAGUGCGAGCAGUGGGGCUCUCUUGCAGCUGAUACUGCGCUCCAAACUUCUGCCCGUCACGGACUGGCGCGAGUGUGCGCGGGAGGUGGGGAGUUGGUUUCACGGGCCCCAGUCUCCCCCGGUGGGGCUGCUUUCGUACUUCGUGACUCACCUUGUCGUGGCACACAAACUGACGCCCCACGGUGCCGCGAAUUGGAUUUUGGAGCUGAGCAAAGUGCUUCUCAUUGGGGAUAUGGACACUAUUGAGUUGGGCGGUUUGGCUUCUGUCAGGAGUUGGGGCCUUGCGGCGGAGUUGGAGCGGACCGUAUAUGCGCUGCAGUCCACAGAAACCUCGUUGUUCAACACCUUCUCUUCCGUGAUGCUUGACCUCCUUCUUGGGGGCGUGCUCUCUGGCCAAGAUGCGUCAGGGUCGUGGCAGGUUCUCUCCUUGUGUUUUCUCUUAAAACGUAACAAGGACUUUGUGCAGUCCGCGUGGGAAGCAGACGAGAAGCGGCACUGUACGCGCUUGCAGCGCGCGUGCGAACUGGGUUGUGAAGUUCCUCCGUACAUUGCGGCCGUCAUCACCGCCGUCGUGUGA